GACUGCUAUGUGGUGCUGGACUUUGAAGCCACCUGCGACAAACCUGUUCAGGUGAAGCCGCAGGAAAUCAUCGAAUUCCCCAUGGUCUUGGUGGACGCAACGUCUCACAAGAAGGUGAAGGAGUUCCGAACCUAUGUCCGGCCCACCGCCAAUCCGAAGAUCACCGCCUUUUGCACCGAGCUGACCGGCAUCACCCAGGAGCAGGUGGACGUGGCCCCCGCCUGGUCGGAGGCUCUGAGGCUGGGCGAGGCCUGGCUGCGAGAGCAAAGCGGCUAUAGCAGGCCGCUCUUUGUGACCUGUGGCGACUGGGAUUUGCGGCAGAUGGUGGUGGAGCAAUGCAAGCAGUGCCAGCAGCCAGUGCCAGGCAUGUUCAAGAAGUGGCUGAACAUAAAGAAUCUGUUCAUGGCGAACACCGGAAAGCCUUCGACGGGCAUGAAAGGUAUGCUGGAGUCGCUGGAGAUGCCUUUGGAGGGCCGACAUCAUUCUGGUUUGGAUGACUGCCGGAACAUUGCCAGGAUCCUGGCGGAGCUGCUUCGGCGCGGCACCAUUCAGGCCUUUGCCCAGCCGCGCGGCCUGCCUGGAGGACGCUUGCGAGGUGCCCGGCAAGUGGCUGCGGCUUGUCUUUGGCGCUUCCUCUCCAGGCCAGACCUGCAGCCAGCCGGCCAGCUGUGGGGAGGGUUCCCUCUUCCCCAAACUUGGCGCAAGCUUCUGCGGGAUUUUCGUGAGCCGGCGCCUCAGGCGAGCAUGCUGACCCACGCCAGCAAGAAGGCGAUGAAGGGCUAUGCGUGAUCGGAGCUAUGAUUGAGCCCGAGCUCCUGCGUGCAAAACUGCAGAGCGGAAGCUGUCGUGGCGAAGUUGCCC